AUGGUUGCGUGUAACAAUUAUCCUCAACAAAAUGAUUCACAACAACACGGUGAUGGUAUUGAUGCUACAGCCUUUGAUUAUUGGGAACUUGCAAACUAUCUUGUUGUCGAAGAAGAGUUAUCAAAAACCACGAAUAUUAUUAACAACCAUAAUAACAAUUAUGAUAUUUCACCACUUAUGAAUUCUUCAAUAACAACCACUCCAUCAUUAAUCCCUUCACCUAUUAGCUACUUCGAUUCACCAUUGGUUGGAUCAAUCAAUUCUACUUCCUUUAACACAAGUCCUAAUCUUGAGCCUGCUUUAAGUUUUUUCCCUGACCUUAUUCGUCCUAUCAACAUGGCAGACGAACAACAACAACCAUUGUUACAAUUAACAACAACCACAGACAUUCCUUCAGUAACAAUUCCUAAAUAUUGUCCUUGUAUUGUUUGUUCCUUGUUGUCAAUAAAAUGGAGAUCAUGCGUUGAAGGAGGGGCAAAUCCCAUUGCCAUUGCAAAUAUGGAAAGGCCUCAGGGGUUUGAUAUGGUGGUUACCCCGGCGCCAGAAACAUCUAUUCCGCAAAAUACUGAGUGA